CAGGGGGCGGAGCGCGCGCGCGCACCAACGCUUCCUCGUCCAGCGUCGCCCCUGCGCGCGCGGCUGGUCGGCCCGCGGCGGCGCUGCGGGAUUCCGGCGUCGGGGCCCGGCAUGGCGGGGGCCGGGGUCGGCCCGGGCCGGACCCGGACCUAAAUGACUCUGCGCCUCACCGCGCUGCUGGUCUUGUUGCUGGUUGCGCUUAGCGCCCUCCUUCUAGGCCGGUGGCUUCUGGUCCGAUUGGCCACCAGUUGGUGUCAGCGCAAGCUGCAGGCGGAAUUAAAGAUUGGCUCCUUCCGCUUUUUUUGGAUCCAGAAUGUCAGUCUUAAGUUUCAGCAGCACCAGCAAACAGUGGAGAUUGAUAACCUGUGGAUUUCCAGUAAACUCUUCAGUCAUGAUCUACCACACUAUGUGGCGUUGUGCUUUGGAGAAGUGCGUAUCAGAACGGACCUGCACAAGGUGUCUGGCCUGGCUGCCCCGUUCUCCCAGAGGACUGGGGUGGAUCAGAAAGAGCUGUCCUUCAGCCCAUCCUUACUGAAGAUCUUCUGCCAAGUAAGACAGCUUCUUCCGCUCUCCUGGACGCUAUUCUCCAUCCAUGUAGAUGCUAUAAAUAUCAUGGUUCUCAAAGUGGCUACCUCUGAGUCCUUGUGGCAUAUCCAGAUGAGUAGAAGCAAAUUUCUUUUGGACAGUGAUGGGAAAAGACUUAUCUGUAAAGUGAGCUUAUCUAAGAUCAACAGCAAAGUUCUGAAGAGUGGUCAGUUGGAAGACACCUGUCUGGUGGAGCUCUCACUGGCCCUGGACCUAUGUCUGGAGGUAUGCAUCAGUAGUUGGCAUCUAAAAGUCAUCUCCGUGGAUGUGUGGACACUGCAUGCUGAACUGCACGAAGGCCUCUUCCAUAGUCAGCUGUUGCGCCAGGGCUCCAGCCUGGCAUCCAAAGCUGCUCCCAGUUCAGAGGUGACAGAGAACUUGGCUGAGCCAGCUCUGCCUGGCCUAUACUUGCUCCAGCAGCUCCCAGACCAGGUCGAGGUGAAGAUGGAAAACACAAGUGUGGUAUUGUCCAUGAAUAGUCAAAAGAGGCAUCUAACUUGGACAUUGAAGCUGCUGCGUUUCCUGUACCAUCGGGAUGAGGAUCAGCUGCCCCUGCGAAGCUUCACAGCCAACUCUGACAUGACACAGAUGAGCACAGAACUCCUGUUGGAAGAUGGACUGUUGCUGUCCCAGAGUCGCCAGCGCAUUGUCUGCCUCAACUCCCUCAAGGCUAAUGUGCAGGUGACCACCAUUGACCUCUCAGCCUCUCUGCUUCUGAACACUUGCAUCAUUCACUACCGGCACCAGGAGUUCUCACACUGGCUGCACAUGCUUGCACUGGAGAUGCAGGGAUCCGGUUCACCUGUUCAGCAGCAAAGGAAAGAAAGGACCUUUCCCCAGAUCUUGGCUCCCAUCAUCUUUAGCACCUCCAUUUCCAAUGUCAACAUUUCCAUUCAGCUUGGAGAUACACCACCUUUUGCCUUGGGAUUCAAUUCCAUCUCUCUGGAUUACCAGCACCUCAGGCCACAGAGCAUCCACCAGCGAGGCGUUCUAACUGUGGACCACCUCUGCUGGCGUGUGGGCAGUGACUCCCACAUUCAGCGGGCACCACACCCACCUAAUAUGCAUGUGUGGGGUGAGGCGCUUGUCCUGGACUCCUUCACACUACACGGUAGCUAUAAUCAGCCUCUGAGCCUGUCCAGCACCCAGUCAGAUACCCUCUUUCUUGACUGUACUAUCCGAGGACUUCAGGUAGAAACGUCGGAUACCUGUGCCCAGUGCCUGUCUCGUAUCUUAUCCUUCAUGCAUCCACCAUCUGGGAAGUCAGCUGUCUCUAGAGAAUCUUCGUUUGCAGAAUGUGUGUCAUUACUGUGGAAGGUGGACUUGAAGGUGGAAGACAUGAACUUGUUCACUCUUUCAGCGUUGGUUGGUGCUUCAGAAUUGCGACUGGACACACUGACUGUCCUGGGCAGUGCCGAGACCUCCACGGUGGGGAUUCAAGGACUUGUGCUUGCCCUGGUGAAGUCGGUCACGGAGAAGAUGCAGCCUUGUUGCAAAGCCCCUAACAUCCCCACUCCAGUGCUCAGCCUCUCCAUGCUCUCCCUCACCUACCACAGCAGCAUCCGUUCCCUGGAGGUCCAGUGUGGCGCAGGGCUGACCUUACUCUGGAGCCCCUCAGAUCACAUGUACCUGUACCAGCAUGGCUUGGCGGCUCUGCAGUGCCGAGACCUCCUGAGGACCACCAUGCUCCCCAAGGCUGUUCCAUCCUUUGCACUCGAGGUUCCAGAGUCCAUGUCGGAGGCAGGAGACCAUCCACCUGAGCCAGUUCCUCCAAAGAGGCUGCUAAAACUAACACUGGAAGUGAGCACAGCCAAGCUGACAGCUUUUGUGGCAGAGGACAAGUUCAUCACCCUGGCUGCAGAGAGUGUGUCACUGAGCCGACAUGGAGGGUCGCUGCAGGCUUACUGCCCUGAACUGGCUGCUGGCUUUGACGGCAAUAACAUCUUCAAUUUCAAAGAGGUGGAGGUCCAGCUUCUGCCUGAGUUGGAAGAGAUGAUUCUCCACCGGAACCCCUUUCCUGCCCUCCAGACCCUGCGCAACCGGGUUUGGCUCCUCUCCCUUGGUUCAGUGUCAGUGGAGUUUCCUUACCAGUAUGACUUCUCCUGCACUCUGGAUGAGGCCGUGGGAGUUCAGAAGUGGUUGAAGGGGCUGCACCGAGGGACUCAUGCAUGGGCCUCUCCAGGCUCUGCUCCACUUCCCCCUGAUCUACUGUUAAAGGUUCAGCACUUCUCUUGGGUUUUCCUGGAUGACAUCUUUGAGGUGAAACUCCAUGAUAACUAUGAACUGAUGAAGGAUGAGAGUAAGGAGAGUGCCAAGAGGCUGCAACUGCUGGACGCCAAAGUGGCUGCCCUUCGGAAACAGCAUGGGGAGCUCCUGCCAGCCCGCAAAAUUGAGGAACUCUAUGCCUCUUUGGAACGCAAAAACAUUGAAAUUUACAUCCAGCGUUCCCGUCGUCUCUAUGGCAACACACCCAUGCGUCGGGCACUGCUCACUUGGAGCCUGGCAGGGCUAGAGCUGGUGGCUCUGGCAGAUGCCUCCUUUCACGGGCCUGAGCGUGUGAUAGAACAGGUUAGAGAGCUCGACCCAGGCAGCCCUUUUCCUUCUGAGGGGAUGGAUCUUGUUAUCCAGUGGUGUCGCAUGCUCAAGUGCAGUGUCAAGGCCUUUCUGGUUCGGAUCAGAGACUAUCCUCGCUACCUGUUUGAGAUCCGUGACUGGCGGCUGACAGGUCGACUUGUGGGCACUGAGCAGAGUGGUCAGCCUUGCUCCCGUCGACGUCAAGUCCUGCGCUUGGGGCUUCCAUGGGGCAAUGUGGUAGUAGAGAGGAACAUGCCCCCACUGAAGUUCUACCAUGACUUCCACUCAGAAAUCUUCCAGUAUACAGUGGUGUGGGGUCCAUGCUGGGAUCCAGCUUGGACCUUAAUUGGCCAAUGUGUGGACCUCUUGACUAAGCCUUCUGCUGAUCCCAGCCCACCCUUGCCCUGGUGGGACAAGAGCCGUCUCAUCUUACAUGGAGACUGGCACAUGGACAUUGAACAGGCGAACUUGCACCAGCUGGCUACUGAGGAUCCAUACAACACAACUGAAAAUAUGCACUGGGAAUGGAGCCACCUGUCUUUUCACUGGAAGCCUGGUCAGUUUGUGUUCAAAGGUGACUUGGAUAUCAACGUGCGAACAGCUUCUAAGUAUGACGACUGCUGCUUCCUUCACCUGCCUGAGCUCUGCAUGACCCUGGACCUGCACUGGCUGUGCCAUGGGAACCCACAUGAUCACCACGGUGUCACCCUGAGGGCCCCCGAGUUCCUGCCAGAGGUGCCUCUGGGGCAGCUGCAUGAUUCCUACCGGGCUUUCCGCUCUGAGAACCUCAACCUCUCCAUCAGGAUGGACCUGACUCAGCAUAGCGGGACCAUGUCUCAGCCCCGAAUUCUGCUAUACAGUAGUACCCUACGAUGGAUGCAGAACUUCUGGGCCACCUGGACUAGUGUCACCAGGCCUAUCUGCAGGGGAAAGCUCUUCAAUAACCUGAAACCAAGCAAGAAGAAACUUGGCCAGCACUACAAGCAGCUUUCCUACACUGCACUUUUUCCUCAGCUUCAGGUGCAUUAUUGGGCCUCAUUUGCGCAGCAGCGGGGCAUCCAAAUUGAAUGCAGUCAGGGCCACGUCUUCACUCGGGGAACUCAGCGGCUCAUACCUCAAGCAGGCACAGUGAUGCGGCGCCUUAUCUCUGAGUGGAGUGUUACCCAGAUGGUGAGUGACCUGAGUCAGGUGACUGUCCACCUAAUGGCCUCACCCACUGAAGAGAAUGCUGAUCACUGCCUUGAUCCCCUGGUAACAAAGACCCACCUGCUGAGCCUGUCUUCCCUCACCUACCAACGUCACAGCAAUCGAACAGCUGAGGAGGAGCUUUCUACUCGAGAUGGUGAUCCUGCCUUUCACACACACCAGCUGUACUUGGUAGAUUUACGGAUUUCCUGGACAACCACCAAUCGGGACAUUGCCUUUGGGUUAUAUGAUGGCUACAAAAAGGCAGCUGUGCUGAAGCGUAAUCUCUCUACUGAGGCCUUGAAGGGGUUAAAGAUUGAUCCCCACAUAUCAGCCAAAAAGCCAAAGCGGGGAGGUUCCACUAGUGUCCCAGCUGCGCCUCAUGUCAACACGCCUGGCUUCAGUGGGCGGCCUGACAAGGGGUCAUCAGGAGGUGCUUACAUGUUGCAGAAGCUGAUUGAAGAGACAGACAGGUUUGUAGUCUUCACAGAAGAGGAGUCAGGUAUGAGUGAGCAGUUGUGUGGCAUUGCUGCCUGCCAGACAGAUGACAUCUACAACCGCAACUGCCUUAUUGAGCUGGUCAACUGCCAGAUGGUUCUUCGAGGAGCAGAGACAGAAGGCUGUGUCAUUGUAUCAGCUGCCAAAGCCCAGCUGCUACAGUGCCAGCACCAUCCAGCCUGGUAUGGUGACACACUCAAGCAAAAGACCUCUUGGACUUGCCUGUUGGAUGGCAUGCAGUAUUUUGCCACCACUGAAACCAGUCCUGAACAGGAUGGCCGACAGCUCUGGUUAGAGGUGAAGAAUAUCAAGGAACACCGGCAGCGUAGUCUGGACUCUGUGCAGGAGCUGAUGGAGAGUGGGCAGGCAGUGGGAGGCAUGGUUACCACAACCACAGAUUGGAAUCAGCCAGCUGAAGCACAGCAGGCCCAACAAGUUCAACGGAUCAUCUCACGUUGCAAUUGUCGAAUGUACUAUAUUAGUUACAGCCAUGACAUUGACCCUGAGCUAGCAACUCAGAUUAAGCCACCGGAGGUCCAUGAGAACCAGGAAAAGGAAGAUCUCCUAAAGAAGCAGGAAGGGGCUGUGGAUACCUUUACUCUGAUUCAUCAUGAGCUAGAAAUCUCUACCAACCCAGCUCAGUAUGCCAUGGUUCUAGACAUUGUCAACAACUUGCUACUUCAUGUAGAACCCAAGCGGAAGGAGCACAGUGAAAAGAAACAGCGGGUUAGAUUCCAGCUUGAGAUUUCUAGCAAUCCUGAGGAGCAGCGCAGCAGCAUAUUGCACCUGCAGGAGGCUGUGCGGCAGCACGUGGCCCAGAUACGGCAGCUGGAGAAGCAGAUGUAUUCUGUCAUGAAGUCUUUGCAGGAUGACAGCAAGAAUGAGAACCUGCUUGACCUGAACCAAAAGCUUCAGUUGCAACUAGACCAGGAGAAGACCAACCUGCAGCUAGAAAGUGAAGAGCUGAAUAUCCUUAUCAGGUGUUUUAAGGAUUUCCAGCUACAAAGAGCCAACAAGAUGGAGUUGAGAAAGCAACAAGAAGAUGUGAGUGUGGUCCGUCGCACUGAGUUUUACUUUGCUCAGGCACGGUGGCGCCUGACAGAGGAAGAUGGACAGCUGGGGAUUGCUGAACUGGAGCUGCAAAGGUUCCUGUAUAGCAAGGUGAAUAAGUCUGAUGACACAGCAGAACAUCUCCUGGAGUUAGGCUGGUUCACUAUGAACAACCUCCUCCCUAAUGCUGUAUACAAGGUAGUUCUGCGGCCCCAGAGCUCCUGCCAAUCUGGGCGACAGCUAGCCCUUCGCCUCUUCAGCAAAGUCCGCCCACCAGUUGGGGGUAUCUCUGUGAAAGAACAUUUUGAGGUGAAUGUGGUGCCUCUCACCAUUCAACUGACCCACCAGUUCUUCCACAGAAUGAUGGGCUUUUUCUUUCCUGGUCGAAAUGUGGAAGAUGAUGAAGUUGGUGAUGAAGAGGACAAAUCCAAAUUGGUGACUACUGGCAUACCAGUGGUGAAGCCUCGGCAACUGAUUGCAACAGAUGAUCCAGUACCGAUGGGCCCUGGAAAGGGUGUGGCGCAUGGCUUGACUCGGAGUUCUGGGGUCAGAAGAUCAUUUCGCAAAUCACCUGAGCACCCCAUGGAUGAUAUUGACAAGAUGAAAGAGCGAGCUGCCAUGAACAAUUCUUUCAUCUACAUAAAGAUUCCACAGGUCCCACUUUGUGUCAGUUACAAGGGUGAGAAGAACAGCGUGGAUUGGGGUAACCUAAACCUGGUGUUGCCUUGUCUGGAAUACCAUAACAACACAUGGACAUGGCUAGACUUUGCCAUGGCUGUCAAAAGGGAUAGCCGCAAAGCCCUGGUCGCCCAGGUAAUCAAAGAGAAGCUAAGGCUGAAGCCUGCAACAGGGUCUGAGGCCCGGGGAAAGCUAGAAGCUAAAUCAGACCUGAACAUGCAACAGCAGGAAGAGGAGGAGAAAGCCCGGCUCCUCAUUGGUUUAAGUGUGGGCAACAAGAACCCUGGCAAGAAGUCCAUCUUCAGCAGGCGCAAGUGAUCUGUUGACCGAGUGGCUACAGUUCAGGAUCUGACUCUGGCUCAGGCUGCACAGACUGUGGGGUGGGAGGGGCUUCUCUUCAUCUUUCAGGAUUUGUUUGGAGGGGCUUUGCUUUAUCCCUCAGGAUUUGUUUGGGUCAGGAGCCCACAGAGGAAACAGUGGAGAGGGACACUGCUCUUCAGCAGCUGGCCUGUUCCCUAUGGGACGUGGUGGAUAAUAAUGUUGAGUUCCAUCCCAUGCCAAUCAGGCCCAGGGCCACAGAGGCAACAGGAGAGCAAGACCCAGAAAAUGGGCCUUGGGGGUCAACUGAAAGGGUGGGGUUAUAGUCAUGAUCAAGUAUGAUAAAUUUUUAUAUAAAGACAUAUAUAAAUAUAUAUAUAUACACACACACACAUAUAUAUUUGUAAGUGUAACUGCUCUCCCUCUGUGCCAGGAAGCUGAGGGAAAGAGGCUGAUCCUCUGUCUCUCACUCCACUGCCUUGAAUAAAAGGUGUUACUGUUUUGGGAGGAAUCAGCUUUUCCCCAGUCUGUGUGAUAAGCUCAUUUGGGAAGAUGGUCAUCAGAGCUAGGGCUGGCCAUGGGUCCCUUACCCUGGGGUGUAUCCUGGAUGGAGAAUGGCAAAAAGUGAUCAAAAGAAAAAAAAUAUUUUAAAUU